CAACUAUGAAGAGCAACAGUUAUAGAACUCUGGUAGAGAGAACAUUGAAGAAUGAUAAUUUGGUUAUUAUGUUGGUGUCAAUGGACAUCAACACUGAUGAACGAAAGCGUUGAUUUUCAUUUGUUUCGGCGCGCACUGUGACUGUUCUCUCUGGAUUGAUAAGUGAAGUGUUGCCGUGAAUGUUGCUCUCUACAUCUUAAAUGGUAAAAUCUUAAAUAUGUGAUCUUGCGCUGUUUAACAAACGAUGCAAUGCCGUCAAUAUGAAUUAAUAUUUCGUGGAAAAUAGCUUCUUUAGGCGUUACAUCUGUGUCACAGUGAAAGUAUACAUGUUUGUAGGUUAUGUGAAGCGAGGAAACCGAUUUAAUUAAUAGGUUUUGUAUGUUAUACUCUUACCAUGAGGUUUAGAGCUGUUAUGAACGACCCCUCGUACAUGAGGAAAUUUACUG